AUGCUCUUCUCUCGCAAGUCCGUGCUGGCCGUUUUGGCUCUGGCUCAGGGCGCCAUGUCUUUUGGCGACACCUCCCCCCAGAUCUUUCUCGCAUCUACCGCAGACCUAAACACCGCAGCCUUGCAACAGUCCCAGGUUUCAUCCUUCACUCUUUCCUCGUCUGCCUUCGACUCGGCCGUAGCCUCCACUCUCUCCGGCUGCCCUGCCGACGCGUACAUUUUUGUUAACCAACCUGCCGCCCAUACUUAUGACCUGGCUGACUCGGACGGCACUGCAAACCUCCGUCAUUACUUCCAGCAAGCUACCUCGAAGUUUAUCUUCCCUCAUGUCCGUACCACUGCUGCCACAGCUGAAGAUAAUAGCAUACCCGAAACUGGCCUGUCACCAUUGGCCCAACAGGUUGCCGAAAAAUGCUCCGCAAAGAUUGUCCAGGUUGAUACCCAGGCCUCUGGCUUCGAGGGCUUUGUUGAUACCACCCCAAGAGUUGUUGUUCUCAAUUUUCCCACCCUCCCCUCUAUUAGAGAAAAGGAUGCACGCGUCGCAGCUCUUCAGCACAAUGACAACCUUCUUUCCUCAGUCAUUGGUGGCCUGCCCUCUGGCAACUACGUUAUUGUCUACACCUCGGCCUCAGAGUCUACCGCACCCACAUUUUCCAAAAGAAGCCAGAUUCUUGACGCUGAUGAUGAAGAAAACGUCCUUGGCGGUGUCUUCCAAAAGAACACAGAGUCUCAAGAAGACAUUGAUGCUGAGGAAUUCAAGACUGAGUUCAAGGUCGGCGACUCUCUUUUUGAGAAAUACCAGUACUUUAGCCCGGGCAUUUUUGAGACUACCCUUGUUGCUCUUGCCCUUCUCUACAUCUUCUUCUCUGCUUAUGGCUGGAUCUCUACCCUCGAAAUCUCUUACAAUGCCUUUGACAAGCCUCCUCAAAUCCCCUCUGCUACCAAGGCUCAGUAA